AUGUGUUUUAAGUUUACCACUGAGGACGAGUAUAUCAAUUUGGUAGCAAGAAACCCAACUAGUGGUUCUACUACUGUUUUUGCAACCUGUAAUUUUUCUCCAGAAUUGCAAUGUAUUUUACUGAAUCAAGUACAAGACCUGACUCGAGCACACGGUACUAUCAAAAUUCCAUCUACAUUCAAUUAUGGAUGGUCAGGAUUACAGACUGAUUUAGAGUGUUCCACACUCUUUCAACUGGGUGUCAACACCAUAUCUUGGAGAGAUGGAGAUAAAGUCAUUUCAACACAAGCUAAUUUUGAUGGUGGUUAUACAAGUGAUGAUCCCAAUGUCAGGAUCCGUUUGGGUCGUACUGCACCUCUAGUAGAUAAGGUACAACUUUAUUAUAUGGCUGGUAAUUGCCCCAAUGGAUAUCAAUCUGGAACCUUGGGAUAUAAAAUUGAUACUUCAGGUGUGAAAUUGUAUUGCGAAAUGGCAAAUGCAUUCAUUACCAACUCGUUAAAUGCCUGCAAUAUUCCUGCUGGAUAUAGGCCAUUCAUUGACCUCUUUGUCAAACCCCCCAAAGGUGUAACAUAUUAUAUAACUUACAUUGAUCAAUAUACCUGUGUCGGACUGCCAAAGUUAAUUAACAAUAAUUAUUCUACUGGACGUGCAGGCUUUGCAAAUACCAAUCCUUACACCGAUGGGCGAGAAUUUGUUCUUACCACUAGAACCUAUGGUGGACCGGUAACUCAAUUAACAACAUUAUCGUAUGAUCCCUCCCGCGAUAGAACUAUGACUAUCGUAGUGCAAGUUCCAAUCCCAACUAUUACUAUAACCACUACUUAUUCAGGAGAAACUACUUCCUAUUCUACAAAGGCCGCACCACCAGGAGGAACAGCUACGAUAAUUAAAUAUCUCUCAGUAGAUACUGUAACUGAGACUCAUACUUGGACAGGCUCGUUUACCCAACUGUCAACGUUUCCCUAUGUCCCAGAAACAGUCGAAACGGUAACUGUUCGUGUUGAAGUUCCUAUUCCUACAAUUACUCUAACUUCUGCUUAUGAAGGUAUCACUACUUUGUACUCUACCAUAACAGCAGAACCUAGUGAAACUGCAACUGUAAUUGAAUUUCAUCCACCUCAAACUGUUACUGAAACACAAACGUGGACUGGCAUAUAUACUGAACUUACAACAAUGCCUUAUGAUCCUGAAAAUAUUGAGACUGUUAAUGUUGUCGAAUUAGUUCCUAUUCCCACUACUACUGUCACCAGUACUUAUGAUGGUACAAUUGUUUCUUAUACCACGGUUAGUGCAGAACCUGGAGAAACUGCUACUGUUAUUAAAUACCAUCCUGGUAAUGAAAGUGGAGAGCCUGGCGAGACUGGUGGACCUGCUGAAACUGGAGAACCUGGAGUUCAUUCUCUUGAUACUGCUACUGCAACGAAAACUUGGACAGGAAGUUUUACCCAGACGACAACAUUACCUUAUGAUUCUGAGAUUGAUGGAACUGUUUCCGUCGUUGUUGAAGUACCUAUCCCUACAGUAACACUGACCACAACUUAUGAUGGCUCUACCGUUUCGUAUACUACUGUGACAGCUGAACCUGGAGAGACAGCUACUAUUAUUGAGUAUCAUCCUAGUGUAUAUACUGGCAAAGCGGAAAUAUUAUCAGGAUGGGAACUGCAACUUGAAGCUGAAAAUCCAACUUCAUCUCACGAAUUCUCUGGAAACAAGGAAGAAGUUACCAUACAAGAACUACAGGAAACACAAACUGAACAGUCUAUUAUAUCUGAACAGCUACUAGAUACUGAAGGGUCUCUUGAAACUGAAUAUCUCAUUGAAACUGAAGAACAAAGUGGAACUGAGGAAGUACUUCCCACAACAAUACUCCAAAAUUUGCCAACUGAAAAGCCAUUUGAAACUGAAGAAUCUCCUGAAAGUAAAGCAAUAACUUCAACAGAAAUGCUUCCAAGAAUCCAAGUACAUUCGGAGUCUGUAAUAGCCCUGGAAAUGGAACAACCAGAUUAUUCAGAAGAAUAUACUAAAAACCAACCACCACCAUCCACAGACUUAUCUUUUGACAACGAAAUCCCAGCCCAAACUCACGUAUCAUUCGUGACUGAACAAGCUGCAAAGAGUGGAGCUCUUGGGGUUGACACAGUUACUGAGACAAAAACGUGGACCGGUGAAUUUACACAGAUAUACACUUUACCAUUUGAUCCUGAGCUUGCAGAGACAAUAACUGUAAUUGUUGAAAUUCCUAUUCCUACUGUGACAAUUACCAGUACUUAUGAAGGGUCUACUAUUUCAUAUACUACAUUUACCGCUGAUCCAGGUGAUACUGCUACUGUGAUCGAGUUUCAUCCUGAUGAAAAGACUGGUGAGGUUGAAAUUUCACCAGGAUGGGAACAGCCAUUUGAAACUGAAUCAGUACCUGGGUCAGAAGAACAAUUUAGAACUAUGGAAGGAUCGGCAUAUGUGCUUCAAGAAACCCAAAUUGCCCAACCAGUUGCAACCGAGCAAGUAUUGGAGAUUGAAGAAACCUUGGAAACUAAGGAGGUAAUAUUCAUAGAAGCCAUCCCAGAACCUCAAAUGCUUUCAAAUACCGAAAUAUUCUCGGAAACACUACAACCAUAUAACACAGACGAAGUAGUUGAACCACAAGUACUAACAGCAACAGAAGUACCAUUAGAUACUGAAAUCGUAGACCAAUCUGAAGUUUUACCGGUGACUGAAACAGAAGGGGAAACUGGAUCAUACGCAGUAGACACGGUAACCGAAACCAGAACAUGGACUGGUGUGUUUACUCAGCUGUAUACUUUGUCAUUUAUUCCAGAAGUGGAUGAGACUAUCACAGUAAUUGUUGUAGUUCCUAUUCCAACUGUCACAAUAACGAGCACAUAUGAAGGUUUAACUACAUCAUAUACUACAAUUGUCGCUGAAUUAGGACAAACUGCCACGAUAGUUGAGUUUGUUCCUGAAAAUGGAAGUGUCUUUGAAUCAAGUAUACCAGCUGAAACCAUAAAAGCUGAAACAGCCACAAUUCCUGAAAAGCCCGGUGUGCAUUCCUUUGAUACUGUUACUGAAACAAGAACAUGGACUGGGAUAUAUACUCAUCUGACAACAUUACCUUAUAACUCGGAGGUGGAUGAAACAGUAAGUGUAAUUAUCGAAGUUCCAAUUCCAACCGUGACCGUGACUACUACAUAUGAUGCAUCUGUUACAUCAUACACUACAGUUCUUGCAGAGCCCGGACUAACAGCCACUGUUAUUGAAUUUAUUCCAGAUGGUGAAGAGUCUGUUGGACGAAUCAUUGACAUUGUAACUGUGACUAGGACCUGGACUGGAACAUUUACUCAACUUACUACCUUACCAUUUGAUCCUGACAUUGAUAAAACUAUAAGUGUUAUUGUCCAGAUUCCAAUCCCUACUGUUACUGUAACUAGAGAAUACACUGGAACAACUGUUUCAUAUUCUACAGUUGCUGCCCGACCUCAAGGAACUUCUAUAGUAAUAGUUCAAGAAUCUUCUGGUGAAAAAGGUGUUCCUAGUGAAUCUGCCAGCCAUAUUUCUGAGACUGGAACUAUUACUAAAACAAGAGAAUGGAGUAGUAAUUUUACCAAGACAACCAUGUCACCCGUUAGUUUUGAUAUUGGUAAGUCAGCCACUGCUAUUAUAGAUGUUCCAAUUGGUACAGUUACUGUAACGAGCACGUAUCAAGGAAAUACCAAGUCCUAUACUACUGUUUCAGCUGAGGUUGGUGAGAUUGCUACAGUUAUUGAAUUUGUUCCAAGAGGUUCAGGAGGCGCAGGAGAUGUUAGUAGAAGACCUGUUGACAUGGGAAGCGGUGUUUCUACUAAGGAUCCAACUGGCUCAACAGAAACAGGUGUUUAUAAUGGUAUUAGCAACUCAAGAGCAUCGGGUAAUUCUGGUGCUUUACCUAGACCCGGUGUUCGAAUUAGUAGUAGUACUACUACUGCUUCUAUUAGAGCUGGAGCUACCACUGGUGCUGGUAGAUCAACAAGUAUUACUACCAGAGCUGCUACUGAAGCUGAUAGAUCAACAGGUAGUGCCACCAGAGCUGGUACGAAAACAGGAUCUCAACCGAGAGGAAGAAGUAGUACUGGAACUAAAACUGAGGCAGGGAGAAGAAGUACUAUUAGCUAUGGCACAGGAUCAGGUAGUGGAAUACAAUCAGGAGGUAAGACCAGUAUACCUGGAGCAGGAUCUGGUACUAGCUCUAGAUUAGGAGGGGGUAUUGGAGAAAGAUCGGAUAGUGUUCAAGUGACCAAUAGUUCUUGGGGACCAAUCCUGACAACAAGUGGUGAUAUUGGCGUCCAUGUUCCAGAUAUGUUAGUGGAUUCUGGAAAUGGGUUACUUUCUUCCAUGUCGAAAUUAUGCCUUCUUUUAGCUUGCGUGUUUGACUUAAUGGUUGUGAUUAUUUAG